CACCUGACAUCACCCUAAAAUCAGGAACCAGCAGCAGGCUCUCUCUCACACACACUCACACACACACACACACACAUACCCAAAAAUAAAGAAGUAACAAACAGAAAGCCCUGUCCUUUUUGGUCACGCUUGCUGUUAGGCUAACUUGCUACUUGCUCUGACUGUAUCUUUAGCCGCUUUCUGUUGAUUUCAAGGGCCCUGGAAAGCAGCAGUGUGGCCCCCACUGGAUAAGGUGUUUGCGGGUGUGUGUGUGUGCGAGUGUGCAUGCGAGCGGCGUCCGAGAUCUUUGGUUUCAUUUGGUAAGAGGAAAUUUAGUUGUGCAAUGGCUCGGGGACAGUUUUGAAAGCCAUUGAGAGGGUUAGCGCGAAGAGCUAGAGCUAGAGCGAAGCCGAGAAGACCCCAUAUGUUGCCUUCGUACAGAAUGGAGGGGUACAUCAUCCCACCUAAAAUAACCCGGACUGGCUGGAUGUCACAGACACCUUCUGAAUUUAAAGAUUACUGGGCCCUUGUAAACAAAGAUCCGACGGAAGAGCUGAUCUAUGAGACGGACAUCUAUCGACCGCCGAUGGAGUAUCCGUACAUAAUCGAUGGAGAGAGUGGCCAAAGUGAUCACACCUGGGAGUACAACCCGCACCACGUCCACCAGGGAGACUUCGAGAACCUGUCGGAGAACCACUUCACAGAGCUGCAGAGUGUUCCCCCGGUCCACCCGUCCAGCGUGCACCGCUACGCCGAUGUGGAGCCCAGUCACUUUCUCGACCCGGGGCUGACCGGACCCCACCUGGCCCUCUCCCCCCAACAGGUGACCUACCUGCCCCGGCCUGUCUGUUACCCCCACAUGCAACAGUCACCCCUAAUGAGAAGCUCGGACGAUGAUGACCCCGUAAGCCGUAGCCCACCACUAGAGGUGUCUGAUGAAGAGUGUAUGAGGGACCACAUCAGCUCCACUACUGGAGUAGAACAUGGAAACAAGAAGAAGAUUCGUCUGUAUCAGUUCCUGCUGGACCUUCUGCGAAACGGGGACAUGAAGGACAGCAUCUGGUGGGUGGACAGAGAAAAGGGAACUUUCCAGUUCUCCUCCAAACACAAAGAGGCCCUGGCCCACCGCUGGGGCGUGCAGAAGGGCAAUCGCAAGAAGAUGACCUACCAGAAGAUGGCCAGGGCGCUGAGAAACUACGGCAAGACCGGAGAGGUCAAAAAGAUCAAGAAGAAGCUCACCUACCAGUUCAGCGGCGAGGUGCUGGGGAAGAGCCAUCUAGAGAGGAAGCUGUAUGGAAGCUGCAUGUGAAGAGAUGAGAGAAGUAAGAGAAGAGAAAAAGAAAGAACGAAAGAAAGAAGACAGAGACUUGGUGCAAAUAAAGAUGAUCUCUUUCUCUCUGUUUUAAGAAAUGAGUUCCGCUCAUUCGGACUUUUGGAGCUUUGAACUUGUUUCCCGUUUUCCUUGAUAUUAUUGAUAUUCCUUGAUUAUUUUAUCAUAUUCACUGUUGCAUUAAUGAGAGGAACUUUCUGGAACUGUCUAUCUAUAAACUUUCUCUCCAUUGGUUAUGAGUCUAAAUGUGCUAAGCAAAAGCACACAUAUGAAAAUAUAGUAUAUAGAAAAAAAAACACACACACACACAUAUUCAGUGUUUGUCACAUACACUGCCCGUCUAAAAAAUGAAAUAAAAUUAAGCAAAGAGGUAAGAUCAUCCCAUUGGAUAAUUACUGCAUAGGCGAUUAAGAUAUAUUUGAGCUUAACUGAUGCAGGGAGUAGCUUCUCAUUUGUUAAAAAGAAAUCAAACAAUCAUGUGGUAAGACUCCUAUGAUCCUGUAAUCGUGGAAAAUAUUAAGUUCAAAUCAAAUAUAUUAGCAUGAAUCAAUAAUGCAGAAAAAAACAUACUAAGCAGAUGCUGAAACUACUAAAAUUGGGUUUAGAACUGUCCAAUCAAUGCAUUAUUAUUAAAAAGUAGAAAGAAAGUCACAGAGCAUCAGGGUAAGAAGAGAGGCAGCUGAAGAAGUGAUGCACCCAUCAUGCCUAGUGCCUACUGUACAAUAAUGUGGGGUUGCUGCCGCAGUUGGUCUGCAGGUUUAGGUUCAGCAACAGUAUGUGCUGAAAGAAUGAGGUCAGCUGACUACCUAAAUAUACUGAAUAUAGACCAGGUUAUUCCAUCAAUGGAUUUUUUCUUCCCUGAUGGCACGACCAUAUUCCAAGAUGACGAAAAUGCCAGGAUUCAUGGGGUUGGAAUUGUGAAAGAGUUCAGGGUUCAGGGAGCCUGAGAUCAUCAUUUUUACACAUGGAUUGAAUGGAGUCCACCACAGAGUCCAGACCUUAACCUCAUUGAGAAUCUUUGGGAUGUGCUGGAGAAGAGAGGCUUUGCACAGUGCUUCAGAUCUCCUAUCAUCAAUACAACAAGAUCUUAGAUAAAAAUUAAUGAAACUCUAGACAGAAUUGCUGAAGCUUAUCGAAACAAUGCCACAGCGAAUGCAUUUCGUAAUCAAAACUAAAGGCGGUCCAACCAAUCAAAUACUAGACUGUGAGAACUUUUUUUUUUUUGGCCAGGCAGUGUAUACACACAAAAUACACAUUCACACUCCACUCCCCUCCACUCACACUGUAGCAAAUAAUUAUACACAGUAUACAUACAUAUAUAAUAAUACAAGCACAGUGUGUUGCAAAAUUAAACCCAGCGACUCGUGAGCAGGAGCAGCCGCUGGCUUCUGCGCUGAGCAUGAUGGGAGAAAAAAAAAAUCACAAAAAUACAAAAGCAGAAGUGAAAACAAAUGACACAGGCUCACGCUGUACGGAAAAUACAGCUCGUCUCGUCUGGCCAGAACACACUCAGUGACUUUUGGUCUCUGUUUUUACCCGCCUGUUGAGGGUGCUUUUCUGAACAACACUUUAAAACGGUAAAUAAAGGUUAAAACAUGGUUCCAGUGACUUGGAUUACAAAUGUAGAUUAAAAAAAAAAAGUUCUUCUUUUAGAGUUGCGCUUGUCAUUUAAACGGUUUUAUACUGAGUACCAGACAAAAGUUUGGACACGCCUUAAAUUCAGUGUUAAAUUUCUGUAUCGUAGAUGAAUAAACUUAAACUUUACAAACUAUGAGGAAACAUAUGGAAUUCUUAAGCAAACAAAAAGUAUUAAACAAAACAUCUCUGCUGGAUUUUCUCAGUCAGCUUUAUGAGGUAGAGUCACAUGGAAUUCAAGCUUUAAGUUAACAGCUGUGCUGAACCAGUCAAGAGUUAAUUACUUGAAUUUCUUGUCUCUUAAUGGGUUUGAGAGCAUCAGUUGUAAAGUAGUGAAGAGGUAUACAGUUGAGGAGUUGGUAGACAGUGAAUAACCCUAUAUAAAUAAUGUUCUAAUUCAUAUUAUGAAAAGCAAGGACUACUCAACUAAGGAAAGAAAAAUAUUACAUAAGAAAAAUAAUGGACAUUCAGUCAGAAAAAAAUCAAGAACUUAUAAGAAAUUACCCUCAAGUGCAGUCAGCACAAUGACCAUCAAAAAUGUUAUGAUGAAACUGGCCCUAAUCAGGACCAUCCCAGAAAAGGAAGAGUAAGAGCUACCUCUGUUGCACAGGAUAAGUUUAUCAGAGUCACCAGCCUCAGAAUUUUGGUUUGUUUAACACUUUUAAGUUACUACAUGCUUCCUUAUGUGUUUCUUCAUAGUCUGGAUCACUUCACUAUUCAUUUACUAUGUAUGAAAAAAAAAAAAAAAACAUUUGAGGAGAAUGUACUGUAUAUCAAAAAAACUUCUCCAAAAAUUCUUGAGAAAAACUUUUGAACCAUCAUUUUUUAAAAUUAAAUACUUGUAAAAGUAAAAAAGAAAACACCCCCAAAUCAGAAAAUGUUGAAGAAUAGUAUGUAUAGUAAAAUAACAAUCAAUUCCUAAAUAAUUAUUUUAUAUUUUGAUUUAAGGGGACUGUUUGGAACGUGCUUCAGGUCUGAAAUGCAGGAAUGGAUGUACAUAUAUGUUUUAUAAUAAAUUAAAUGAGGUUGAGAAGAUAAAAUAUGAAAUGCGUUGGGUUCACACUGUCUGCAUUAAAAUUAAAGACAAAGGAACUGGACAGUAUUAUAAAGAGCUGGGCAAUAUUGGCAAUAUUUAAUUUAAUUGUGAUAGAUUUGCUAUUAUGAUACAUGAUACACAUCUAUAUUAUAUAGUAUAUUGUGGAUAUCAUUAGUGCUUAAAAACACACUGACCUUCAUGACUUUCAUCACAUUUUAGUACAGAAAGUGUAAUUAGCCUGUUUAUUGGAUGUGCAAAAACUUUUUUUUAAAGGUUUUUAUUAAAACCACUGUAUUUAAAAAAAACUGUAGUAUAAUUUAAUAGUUAUAUUAUGUAUUAAGGCUGCACAACAUUGGAAAUGAAAUAUAUUGCAAUAUUUUGUUGCUCUGCAAUAAUAAAAAUACAGGAAUUAACACCAAACUUAACUAGAAGUCAAUAAUCUGACAUGUGAUAUUAAUAAAUAUGAACAGUGUGAAUUGCAUGCAUUGUGCAGCCAUAUCACGUACUGUGAAAUUAGUUUAAAUAAUGUGAUACACAAAUUUUUACCAUAUCGCCCAGCUCUACUCUACUCAGCCUGUCUUAACUAUGUUUCUACUAUUGGGGUUGUAAGAAAAACAAGAUGAAUGAAUAAUACAUUUUCUUUCAUCAUUUGUCUUCUAUGGGUUAAAGGUAUAUUUAAAAAAAGAACAUUUGACUAUUCAUAUCUGUGAGUUUUGAGUUUUUUCAGACUUGAUAUCGACUAAUAUCAACACUUAUAACAGUAAAGGACUUCCAAAGCCAGAUUUUAAAUUGUACAGUAAUACACAAAUGGUCAUAUGUCUACAGCUAGACUCAAUUCUAAAGAUAUUGGUGCAUUUUAUUUUGUAUUUUUAUUUUGUUUUGUAUUUCCUUCAGCUGUUAAGAGUGUGUGUGUUUGUUUGUUUGUUUGGGUUGCCAUGUUUUGUUGCCAUGUUUUUCAAUAAUCAAUCUUUAAUCUUGGUUAUGGGUAUGGUUGAUUUAUGAGAACAAUAUUUUAUACAGCGAUAUUGAUGUACAUGUAAAUUA